GAGGUCCUCACGCCGCGCGGCAGAGUGGCGAGGCCGGCACUAUGAAGCGGAGCGCGCGCCCCGCAGGGGACGGGCAGAAGGCUGAGACCAAAGAGGAAUUUGUUAAAGUCAGAAAGAGAGAUUUGGAGAGAUUGACAACUGAAGUGAUGCAGUUACGAGACUUCCUACCUAGAAUACUGAAUGGAGAUGUCUUGGAGAGCUUCCAGAAAUUGGAUGUUAUUGAAACAAACAUGGAGAAAAGAGAGCAAGAACUAGAGCAGGUAAGAAUGGAUUGUGAACACUUCAAAGCCCGUCUGGAAACAGCCCAAGCAGAUUGCAUGAGGGAGAAAAAGGAGAAACUAGCCCUUCGACAGCAGCUGAAUGAGGCAAGACAACAACUACUGCAGCAGGCAGAAUAUUGUACAGAAAUGGGAGCUGCAGUCUGUACUUUGUUAUGGGGUGUCUCUAGCAAUGAGGAAGCAGUUAAAAACAUUCUAGGAGGGAGCAAAGCAGUAAAGUUUUUCACAAUCACGGGACAAACUAUGGAGAGCUUUGUGAGGUCAUUAGGUGAAGAUACCAAACACCAAGAUCUGGAUUCUGAUGAAAAUCAGUUUGUAUUAGCUUUGGCAGGGAUUGUGACAAAUGUUGCUGCAUUGGCAUGUGGCCGUGAAUUCCUGGUUAAUUCAAGUCGGGUGUUGUUGGACACAAUGAUGCAGCUUCUGGGAGACAUGAAGCCAGGACUCUGUACCAAACUGAAAGUGCUAAUGCUGAUGUCACUGUACAAUGUGAGCAUCAACUUGAAAGGCUUGAAGUACAUUAGUGAAAGUCCAGGUUUUAUUCCAUUACUUUGGUGGCUAUUGAACGACCCAGAUACAGAAGUAUGUCUGCAUGUUCUACGGCUUCUCCAGUCUGUGAUUCUAGAGCCAGAAGUUUUAGCAAAGUCAGCGCCUGAGAUGCGUGACACCUUGCCAUUUCAACGUAUCAUAGCGCUGUCAAAGAGCCGCAACGCAGAGCUGCAAACACUGGCGCAAGAACUGCUUGAAGACCUCAAAAUCCUAGAGUGUGAAGUGUAG